CGCGUCUGCGCAUUAGGUGGGCAUACUUUGAUAGAGCAAAUGAAAUUUGCAUUAAACGCGCAAAGGAAACAUUUUUGUCUCGCAUGGUCUAAGCGCGCGCUGAAAGUGUAUUUUAGGAGGACAACAAUUUUUUUUUGGAAAUCUUCCGAGUUUUAAGAUCUCUGGCGAAUAACCGGCGAGAGUCGGAAUUGAACGUAAGAAAAUUAUGCUUCCAACUUUAAAUUUUACCCCCGAGCAAGUGGCAUGUGUAUGCGAGGUACUCCAGCAUAGCAAUGACAUGGAAAGGCUAGCGAGGUUUCUAUGGUCUUUGCCAGAACACGACAGUGUGCAGAAGGAAGUGAGCGUUCUCAAGGCGAAGGCCGCGGUGUAUUUUCACCAAGGAAACUUUCAGGAGCUCUAUCGUAUCUUGGAGAGCAAUAAUUUCCCCGUUUCUUCGCACAACAAGCUGCAAUCGCUGUGGAUGAAGGCGCACUACAUCGAGGCGGAAAAAUUGAGAGGAAGGCCGUUGGGCGCCGUUGGAAAGUACAGAGUUCGACGGAAAUUUCCAUUACCGCGGACAAUAUGGGAUGGCGAGGAGACAAGCUAUUGCUUCAAAGAACGCUCGCGGAAUAUACUACGCGAAUGGUAUACGCACAAUCCUUACCCCUCUCCUCGGGAAAAACGCGAACUCGCAGAAGCCACCGGACUGACAACCACACAAGUGAGCAAUUGGUUUAAAAACAGAAGACAGCGCGAUCGAGCUGCCGAAGCUAAAAGCAGGGACCCUAACAAUAACACAAUGGACGAACAACACUCUCCGAAAAUGAAUCUAGUUACGCGUCAUAGCGGGGCUGGACGGAAUGAAACAAAAUGGUUUAACUCAUGUGGAUUUUGGCUGUCUGCCUCCCUCACACAAUCCUCAGCCACCCAUCAAACUUGA